CGAGCGGGGACACAACGCCAGCAUAAUGCGCUGGAUACUGUACUACAUUCCUUUGUGGGUCAUGAUUUUUUUGGUCUGUAUUUCGAUGUCAUUGGUGUACGCCUAUGUCAAGGGUCUUGAUGAAAAGAUGGAUGAAUAUAUUAAAUCCUAUCGGGACAGAGCAGCAGAGAACGCCGCCGCUGAAGCAACAGCAAGUGUCGCUUCCGGAACUUCCUUGGGUGGUCGAGCAUCAUCCAUUAUGUCGAGAAUGUCUGUCAGACUGGGAGUUGAUGCAAAGAGGCAACGAAUGGAACGACGUCACGAACGUUCGCGGGCCGUUGCCACUCAAGGUUUGUUUUACGCAGGAACCUUCAUGUUUGUAUGGUUGUUUGGAACGAUAACUCGCGGGCUGCAACUCGCUAACAGAUCGGUACCGUAUGGAAUAACCUUGGCAUUUGGUAAGACCUUCGAUGUCAUUAUCCUUUUAUUUUCAUGAUCGAACUCCUGCUUCGCACUUGUCCUGUCAUACUAUUCAUAAAUUAUUACAGACACUCAUCAGAUUUUUUUACGUUUAUUUGAAAAUGUUGUUGAUAAUCAUGAACGCUGCGCACAGCAUUUCUUACACCUAGUCAAGGAUUUUUCAAUUUCCUCGUUUACGUCCGACCAAGAUUCCUCCAAUACUUAAAGACAAGAAAGUCAACAAGGGAAAGCAGCAGGAAGAGUACUGGCAGUGACAUUAUUCGUGUCUCGGGUUUGAGUAGUACAAACGAAGUGAGCGAACCAGUUGUCAGUGCAGAUGGUGAUACUGUUUCUAGAGUACAGGCGCCUAUUGCAGAGAGACCCUCGAGCAAACGAAGGGGCUCCGGCUCCCAUGUAAAGUUUGCGACCCUUAAUGGUUAUGGACAGGACGGCACAAUUCAAGUUCAGGUAAAACGGAUCGAGGAUAGCGGAGGAAAACUUUUGGAGGUAAAACCAUCCUUGGAGUCAGAAGUAAAUAAAGACGAGAAACUUGCGAAGACAGACAAAAACGACGAGGACGGCACAAUCCAAAUUGAGGAAAAACGGGUCGAUGAUAACGGAGGAAAUCUUUUGGAGGUGAAACCAUCUUUGGAGUCAGAAGUAAGUGAAGACCAAAAACUAGCGAAGACAGACGAAAGCAAAGAGGA